UCAGUCAACCAAUAAAUAACCUCGGCAACAGAGCUGAGAAACGAACCCACCCCUCCACCACCCUCCUCGGCAUUCGCACCUCGACAGCUUGCUCACACUCAUGUCCAAUUCCGAACCUCUGCCGGCCGGUGGCGAACAAUCAACACCGAUUAUACUCCUGUCGGAGUCCGACGAGGAGGUAGCUACACCUACACCCGACCCGCUACUGGGAUCCGGAUCUUUCAUCGAUCCGAACAAUGGAGGACAUCAGAAGAAUGGCUCCAAAGAAGCAGAGAUCGUAACAACUCCUGACCCUCUGCUUCAGAAUAAAACCAGGCCCACGUGGCUUCCUGAAGGUUGGGAUAUGAUUGUCAAAAAACGCACCUCUGGAGCCACCCAGGGCACUUUCGACAGGUAUUAUAUCGCACCAUCAGGUCGUCGUUUGCGGUCAAAGAAUGAAGUGUUGAAUUUUCUCGAAACUGGGAGUAAGCGAAAGAAGCCACCAACUCAAAGUUCUGAGGACACUACCUCUGAGGGUUCUGCGCCUCGAAGUAAAAAGAAGACUACUGCAAGAAAAAAAGUCCAUGCUGCUUUCACAUUUGAUUUCAAAAGUCCACCGGAGAAAGUUAGUUGGCGCCUGACCUAUGCAAGUGAGGACGUAUGGACUCCUAGCAUCGGUGAUAAGAAUCUACCUCUCGCCACUAAGCAGGAAUGGGCUGCUGUUUUCAAUCAUGUAUGCCAAAAUUAAAUCAUCCGACGAGUUGCUACUUACUGUUAUUAGAUUUGGUGAAACCGAACGGGCUAACAUUUGCUAUUAUCUUUUUUUUGUUCUUUUCUGGUUGUUUGUAUGGAUAACGAAGUAGUAAGAUGUAAGUUAUGUACAUCUAACAUCUCUGUCUUGAUGUCUUUUGUUGUUUCAAAA